AUGUCUGGCGAUGACCACCCCCGUCAGAGGUUGAACAACGAAUUACAGAAGAUUUAUGGUCCCUCUGCACAAGACCAUGUCAGGUGGGAGGUCUAUUCGCAAGGCCCUCCCAACAAUUUAAUAUGGGAUGCGACCGUCUAUAUUGACGAUAUGAAUUACGGCCAUGCUGCAUCCCCCACCAGAGGUGGUGCUCAAGACGAGGCUGCGGGCCAGGCAUAUGACUUCCUGAGACGUGAAAGGGCCCGAUGA